AUGGACUGUGCUGAGGAAAUCUGGCAUGACCUAAAAUCUCGUUAUUUCCAGGGCGAUCUCCUUCGUAUCUCUGCUAUGCAACUAGAGGCAUAUUCCAUUAAACAAGGCAAAGUCACUAAGAAAGAUCUAUCUACUACUACUGCUACUAAGCACCAAGAAAUUCGUUUCACACCUCAACAGUAUCAGGCUCUAUUAGAUUUAAUUCAACAGCCACCAAAUGCUACUUCAGCAUUAAAUACUACUACUGCUCAUUUGGAUGUGAAUAAUGCUUUCCUCCAUGGUGAGUUACAUGAAGAAGUCUACAUGAGCUUGCCUCUUGGUCUUCAUUCUACUUCUCCAAAUCAAGUUUGUAAACUACAACGUUCAAUAUAUGGCUUGAAACAAGCUAGCCGUCAGUGGUUUGCUAGACUUUCUUCAUUUCUCAUGCAAUAUGGUUAUCAGCAAUCUCAAUCUGAUCAUUCGUUAUUCCUCAAAUUUUCUGGUUCUUCCACAAGAACUUUUCUCGUGUACAUUGAUGAUGUUGUUCUUGCAGGAAAUAAUAUUUUUGAAAUAAGUCAUAUCACUCAGCUUCUUGAUAUCACAUUCAAAAUCAAGGAUCUUGGUAAUCUCAAGUAUUUUUUGGGACAAGAAGUUGCUAGGAAUAAGUCUAGUAUUCACAUCUCUCAACGGAAGUAUACCCUCGACAUCCUUUCAGAUUGUGGUAUGUUGGCUUCUCGACCUAUUUCUACCCCCAUGGACUACACCACUUAUCUCUAUGUCACAACAGGGACUCCUCUAUCUGAUCCUUUUGCUUAUCGUCGAUUGAUUGAGUGUCUUGUUUAUCUCACUACCACUCGCCCUGACAUUACCUGUGUUGUUCAUCAUCUUAGCCAAUUCAUGUAUGCUCCAACAACAACUCAUUCUCAAGCUAUUUUUCGUAUUCUACGAUACUUAAAAUCUACUCCUGGAUUGGGUCUCUUCUUCUCUUCUACAAGUUCUCUUCAAUUAAAAACAUUCAGUGAUUCAGACUGGGCUGGUUGUCUUGAUACUCGACGCUCCAUUACAGGAUUCUCAGUUUAUCUUAGAGAUUCCUUAAUCUCUUGGCGUUCCAAGAAGCAGCCCACUAUUUCUCACAGUUCUUAUGAGGCAAAGUAUCGUGUCUUAGCUACCACUACAUGUGAGCUUCAAUGA